AGGAGGGGUAGGGAAAAAGUUGAGAGAAGUUUUGGUUGAAAGUUGCCUGGUUCAGUUCAGACCGAGGUGAGAGCCAGGGCUAGCGCGUAGCCGCAGCUGCUUUGGACGGGGAAGAUGGCGCGCUGCAGCGGCCGUGCCACGUCUCGGUCAAAUAGGCAAAUGCAAGGACAUGCAAAAAUGAUAGUGUUGGCAGCUUUCAAAAUGUUUUGCCUUUUUUUCCCCUCGAGCUCGGAGGCUGGGCUGUACACGGAUACUGAUCAGAUCAUAUUGCUAACUCCACAGACAGUCGAGUCCGUUUUGGUCAACUCCACAGCGGCGAUUGUUGUAGAGUUUUACGCUUCGUGGUGCGGACAUUGCAUCGCGUUUUCAACCACUUACAAAAAAUUGGCAAGAGAUAUUAAAGAGUGGAAACCGGCCGUGGACCUCUCUGCCAUUGACUGCGCCGACGAAAGUAACAGGAAAGUUUGCACUGACUACGGCAUUAGAGGCUACCCCACCCUAAAGUUUUUCAACGCCUAUUCAAAAGCGGAGUCUAAAGGACAGUCAUUAAGAGCUCAUCGUGACGUUCGGGGUCUUCGUCAGGCAAUAAUAGAUAAACUAGAAAAGCAUGAGGAGCCAUGGCCCCCUGCCUGCCCCCCACUGGAGCCCACCAGCAAAGCAGAAAUUGACAGUUUCUUCGAGACCAAUAAUGUUCAACACCUGGCUCUGAUCUUUGAGGACUCAAAAUCUUACAUUGGCAGAGAGGUGACGCUGGACCUGCUGCAGUUUGAGAACAUAGCAGUGAGGAGAGUCUUGAACACAGAGGAAGCUCUGGUGUCUGAACUGGGUGUGACAGACUUCCCCUCUUGUUACCUCUACUAUCCAGGAGGCAACUACACAAGACUCAAAGUAAAAUUUCAGGCCCGUACUUUUUACUCCUACGCCCUCCAGAGGUUGCCGGGAGUAGAGCGUUCAGGAAAGCCAGCUCCAAAUAAAAACGACAUCAGGACCAACAACACAGAUGAGCCAUGGAGACAUUUCAAUGCGUCUAGGGUCUACAUGGCAGAUUUGGAGUCCGUGCUGCACUACUCACUGCGGGUUGAAGUGUCUGCUUUCCCUCUUAUCAGAAGAAAGGAGUUGAAUUCUCUGAAGAAGUACAUUUCUGUCCUGGCAAAGUACUUCCCAGGCCGCCCUGUUCUGAUGAACUCAUUAAAGUACAUUGACUCUUGGCUUCAAAACCAAUAUGGCAAUGAGGUGUCUUAUGAUGCCUUCAGAGCAGCCCUGGAUAAUAUAGCACAGGCCCCAGACACAGCGUUACCUGAAGGAGUGAGGUGGGUGGGUUGCCAGGGGUCCCAACCUCACUUCAGGGGGUAUCCGUGUGGAGUAUGGACCCUCUUCCAUGUGCUCACAGUUCAAGCCCUGAACUCUGGGACAUCAGAUCGCUUGGAGGUGCUGACUGCCAUGAGGGAGUAUGUGCGUGCGUUCUUUGGAUGCAGAGAGUGUGCACAACACUUUGAGAGCAUGGCCCAGGAGAGUCUGUACGAUGUGACCACGUCCUCUUCUGCAGUCCUCUGGCUCUGGUCAAGACACAACCACGUUAAUAACAGACUGGCAGGUGCAUUAAGUGAGGACCCUUACUUCCCAAAGAUCCAGUGGCCAUCUCCUGAGAUGUGUCCGCGGUGCCAUACCGUCGAACUUAAUGGAGACCACAAAUGGGACCUGGAUCAGGUUCUUUCUUUCCUCAAGUCCUAUUUUUCUUCUGGCAGCAUUCUCACAGACUUUCUUGACGAUGAAAGCCAAAUCCUUGAAAAACAAAGAGAAAAACAGGCUUUAGAGGCUAAGAAACGUAUCGAAAGAGAAGUCAAAGAGGCCACAACGGUGAAUUCUCUGUCUUUACUUCCUACUGUGCAAGAAGAGGAAGAGGAGGAGGAAGAAGAGGAAGAAGGCCCACAGGAUGAAGCUGUUGCAGAGGACAUGGCUGGUGGUAAAAACUAUGACACUACUCCCUGGGCCAAACCUGACAUGGGGCUGAAUGAGAGACGCCAAAAACGGGCACACAAUAGGCCUGUCAUUGUCGGCAUGAGAAUGAAACAGCAGCCAGAAGAUAUUGUGGAUCUCGACUCUUUUGUAAACCAACAUUACAGGGCCAAGGCUCUCGCUGCCUCCAGUCGAGUUAAACGGCGAACGCUGCAGAGAAAGGAGGAACAGGAACCAGCACCCAUAUUUGGACUUGGGCUGGGACUAGACUCGGGCCUGGGUAUGGUGGGCCUGGAGCCUAUGGAGCCUGACUUUGAGAAUCAGAAAAGAAAACGUCUACAGAAGCGAGAACUGUCACAUCAGGUCUAUAAUGUCAAAGCAGAGGAGAGCUACAGAAUGGGAUGGGUGUCUAUGUUUAGUAUUGGCUUCUCCAAAGUGGACGUAAGUCUCUGUGUGAUCCUCUAUUUCCUGUCCUCAAUGUGUCUCCUGACCAUGUACUUGUUCUUUAAAAACCGACUGAGGAUACGGCGACCAAAAGUGUCUCUACUAUGAACUGUGAAAAAUUACAUAACCAAGAAUGACUGUUCACAUUUGGUAUACAUGUAUUACUGGUGUCAGGCUAAGGGGAUGGCUCUAGAUUAGCAGCUCUUAAGCUCACCACUUAAACGUUGCCUACUACCACAUUACCCAUUGCCAUCCAAGUUUCCAGGUGAAAAGGGAAAUGUUUUUGAAUUAAUAUGAAUGCAGCUUUUUAACAAGUUCUCUGGAUCAGAAGAAAACCUUUGAUUCACACGAGGAAUUAUGAAACUAUGACAAGACAUUUGCAUUGUAUUUUAUUUUUUGUUUUUAUUUUCUUUUUAGAUAAAUUUGACCUCACACUCAUACUCAAAUCAUCUCUAAAAUUGAUCAGUAAUUUAUUUAGGAAGGCAUGUCUUAAUGUUUUGUCAAAUCAAUCACUAAAGCAAUUGAUUAUUAGAUAUGUUGAUAUAGUUUUUUUACUCAGUGUUCAUAGGAAAAUCGCACUUCAUAGAUGUACAAAAAGCACAAAGGAAAAAGGACCAAAACUAUGGCUGUUUCCCAUAUUAGGUUUUAAACUUUCUACUAUUGAUCAGGCUUUACAUUGUGACCACAACUGGUCGAAAAGUCCAAUACACCAUUUCUUAUGGUGUAACUAAAAGGACCACUUCAAAUAUUAAUUACAUCAUAUACAACCCUGUGCACACUUUAAAACUACCAUUUGUAAUUAUUGGCUAACUCGGCCCAGUUGCAUUCUCACAAAACACCACUAGAUCUAUGUUACUGCUAUUUGACAGUGUACCAGUUUUGCCCUGACAGAAGAAGACCACCAACCACAGGUGAGCCUAAACAAAGGCCAAGUGAGGAACAAGGAGAAUGGGUAGGUUACAUCUGUUAUGUACUGCUAAAAAAACAACAAUUUACAAAUGGUAGCUUUAAUAUAAGAUAAAUUUCUUAUCCCUUGCAUCCGCAGUGUUAAGUUGUUUCUCAUCAACACGUUCUCACUAAAUCAAUAAAGUUAUUUUUGAUAAAGACC